AAAUUUCGUCUACGAAACAAUCACUGGAGUUGUUGACCUUGAUAUUCACAACUUUUCUCUUCCCUUUGCACUUCCCUUACCGUUUCUUGUUCUUCCACUGUGUUUCUCUCACACUAUUUACUCUUUGAUAAGCUCAUCAUUGUAUGAUGGCGAAGAUCCAGCACAGUGAAGUGGAAGUGAAGGGACUGAAGCUGCACGUGGCAGAGAUUGGAAGUGGCUCCAAGGCAGUGGUGUUCUUGCAUGGAUUCCCAGAGAUCUGGUACACAUGGAGGCACCAAAUGAUUGCUGCGGCAAAUGCUGGUUAUAGGGCUAUUGCCUUUGAUUUCAGAGGCUAUGGACUCUCUGAGCAUCCAGCGGAGCCAGAAAAGGAAACCAUGUAUGAUCUAGUUGAUGAAAUAGUGGGUCUUUUGGAUGCUUUAAACAUUACCCAGGCUUUCCUUGUUGGCAAGGAUUUUGGUGCAAUCCCAGGGUAUCUUACAGCAGCUGUGCACCCAGAAAGAGUAGCUGCUGUCAUAACUUUAGGCAUUCCUUUCAUGCUUCCUGGUCCCUCUGCUGUCCAAAACCACCUUCUCCCCAAAGGCUUCUAUAUUACUAGGUGGCAGGAGCCUGGGAGGGCAGAAGCAGAUUUUGGCCGCUUUCCUGUGAAAUCAGUGAUAAGGAACAUCUACACUCUCUUCUCUAGAAGUGAGGUUCCAAUAGCAGCUGAUGAUCAAGAAAUCAUGGACUUGUUUGACCCAUGUACUCCUCUACCACCAUGGUUCUCUGAGGAAGACCUUGCGACCUAUGCAUCUUUAUAUGAAAAAUCUGGAUUCAGAUAUGCAUUGCAGGUUCCUUACAGGAGUCUCAAUGUGGAAACUGGCUUAAGUGACGUGAAGGUUACAGUUCCAGCACUUCUGAUCAUGGGUGAGAAAGAUUAUGUUAUCAACUUUCCAGGCAUGGAGGAUUAUAUUCGAAGUGGGAUGGUGAAAAAUUUUGUGCCGGACUUGGAAAUCAUAUAUAUUCCAGAAGGGAGCCAUUUUGUGCAUGAACAAAUUCCAGAGAAGGUGAACCAGCUCAUCAUUGAGUUCCUUAAAAAACAAAUUGUCUGAUUCUGAUCUAUGGCCAAAAGCACGUUUCCCUUAAUGUUUGUGUGAUUUCUAGUCUGCUUAAUCCAAUAAACGUUGUAAUAUCCACCUCUGAACUUCUAGUUCAUGAAGGGGGUAUAAACAUUGCAAUAUCCACCUCUUUAUAUGCUGUAAUGAAAUCUGCAACUUCAUAUCAAAUAAAGUCUGAAGUUUUGUGCCGAGUUUGAUGGCGGCUACAA